GCUGAGGUUCGGGUUGUGCGCCAGACGCUGGUGCGCGCGAAUAACUUUCAUCCAGCCCUACGCGGCCGCGCGGCCGGCUGCGCAGUAGGAAAUACACCUCCAUACCUACACCGUGCAGAAGUCUGCGCAAUCAACGAGCGCCACAACACCCCACUGCACGCUGCGCCAUGGCAGCUGACCAAAUCCAAAGGCGCGCCGCCGACGCCGAACAGCUCGCCGCCGACUGGCGCGCCUGCGAGAAGGCGGCCGCAGCGUUUGAUGAGGAAACGAACACGGGCGGCGACGGCGCCGCCGCCGAGGAGAACGCGCUGCGGAACGUCGACGCGAAGCGCGUCGCGGCGCUGGCCGCGCUCGCGGACCGGCCGGCGCUGGCGGGCCGCGCGGCGGCGGGCGCCAUACAGAGGCGGAAGCGGCGCCUCGCCGACCGCGCCGCGGGCCAGAUGCUCUUCGCGCUCGCUCUUAGGGAAGACGACGACGGCCCGGACGCGGGCGCCGUCGUGCCGGUCUCGCGGCGCCGCGCGCCGUUCUGCUGGCGCAAGCGCGACGUCGCCGCGGCGGCCACGGCGGCGGCCGCGCUGCGGAGCCUCGCCGGCGACGCGAGCCUCGCGGACGCCUGGGCCAACGCGGUCCUGGCACGUAUUUGUGCGCGCAGCGACGCGCGCCACCGCGCCCGCGGUUCCAAGCAGUGUCCCGAGUCCGCCGUCGCGUCGAUGGCGUCUAGCUCUGGUGAAUUCGUCUCACGACGUUGGUGGCGACGGGUCGCGUCGACUGGCGUGUCUGUGGAGACACACAUGAGUACCGACGUAAGUCGCAAAAACACACGCAGAGAGGCACGAAAAAAAACACGAAAAAAAACAACACAGGCAACACCGCCACCACAAAAGACGCCUUCGUCGACGUCGCCGCGAGCGCGCGCGACGUGCUCUGCGCGGCGCGCGGCGGCCGCGGCGAGCUCGGCGUCGCCGCGCGCGUCGCGAGAUCUGCCCGGGCGCCGUUCGCGCCCUUCUGCGCGGCGCUGAGCACGAGGCUCGCGGACGAGCUCCGCGACAAGGCCCACGCCUACUGCGCGGCGGCCGACUACGCCGACGCCGAGGCGCACCAGGAGGAGGCGGACGCCGUGCCCGAGGCUUAUCUCGGUGUCGUCCAGUGCCGUGGAAAGAGAGGUGCCUUCCUGCCGCAUCGACGGCGUCGAGAGGCCGCGUCGAUGGCGUGACGGCGUCGAGAGGCCGCCUCGAUGGCGUGAAGGCGCAAAAACAGAAACACGACGACACAGGCGCCGUCGCGGGCACGGUCCGCCGCUGUUCCAAGCUCCUGGAGUCGCUCGAGGACGAGCUCCACAAACCAAGCGCGGGCCAGGCCACGGACGACGCGGGCCGGUCCGAGACGGAGGCGUCGGACGGCGACGAUGUGGCACUGGACGAUACGCCGCCGCGCCACCUGCCCGAGGGCGUCGUCUACCUCCGAGCCGCGUUCGACGACGUCAUCGAGGCCCUGUCGGCGGCGUACGGCGCGCGCGAACGCGACUGGCUCGAGAAUGCGUUGGAGCGCGUCGUCAGGCGCCUCCCGGAAGGCGACGACUACGCGUCGCUGCUCGAGGGCCCGCUCCAGGGCCGCGCGGUCGCCGAGGCGGCGGGCUGCCUCGAGCGGUCCCUGACGCGGUGCCGCCGCGUCGCCGCGCCGCGGAGGCCGUGCGGCAGGGUGUCCAGGGCCGUCGUCGACGCCGUGCUCGCUGGAAAGAGCGUCCCGGUCGUCGUCGACGAUGACGCAGCCGCGGACCCGGCGAAGGCGCUCGCAGCGACGGCCGACGAUUUUGUGAGGGACCGGCUCCUCGCGCCGGCGCUCGACGCGGCGGCAGCCAGCGUCGCCGAACGCCAAACCAAGAGGCGGCCGAGCGUCUUCCAGACGGACGACGGCGGCGACGAUGGUCCUCCCCCAGCCUUCUACGACGUCGUGCGCGCGGCGCGCGUCGCGGCGACGUCGUGGCGCGGCCGGCUCGCGGUUUUAGCGCCGCGGCUCGAGGCGUCCGACGCGGCCGCGGCCGCGGCGGCGCGAGCAUUAGAUGCCGCGGCGCAGCGCACGGCCGACGGCUUCGGCGAGGCGCUGGGGCGGGCGCGGCAGAGCGGCGACUACGCGAUGCGGGACGAGCCGUCCGUGCUCAAGCCGACGAAGGCCACCGUGGCGUUCCGCGACGCGCUGCUCCGGCGCGCGGCGGCGGCGGACCACGCGUUCGCGGCGCACGACGAUUUACUAGCCACGUGGCGCAAGUCGCUCGCGGCGCACGCGUCGCGCGCCGUCGAGGCGCAUUUGACCUCCGUCAAGGUCUCGCGCGCGGGCGCCUUCGUCCUGGCGCGGGACCUCGACGAGAUACGAAAGGCCGCGGCGCCGCUUGGCUCGAACGAGGCCGACGCGCGGCUCGGGAGAUUGAGGGAGGGCGUGGGCGUCUUCGAGCUCGACGCGGAGCAGCUCGCCUACGUCGCUCUCAAACCAGGCGGCGCCUUCGCGUCGUUGCCGCGCGACGAGCUCGUGCGCCGUAUCCUGCGCCGCGCGGACGCCUGGAACUUUCGCGGGAAGCGGGCGAAGUGGGUCGAGGAGCUGGUCGCGAGCCUGGAGGCGAGCUAGGUGGCGUCGUCGUUUUGUGGUGUAAGGAGUUGUUGUGAAA